AUGAAGAAUAAUUGUAAUUUGUGUCGAUAAAGUACAAAGUAACUCAUCUUGGAUAAAUUACAAACGAAAUACUUUGAAGCAUUCAAUUUCUAUUUCGCCAAACCUAUAAAUGAAAUCCUGUCUUAAAUUACGAACGCUCCUCAUGUAAUUUAUUAUAAGGAUUAUCUGAUAUUAGAUGAGCAAUAGGAAUUCAUGAAAAGGUAGUUGAACUUCCUUAAAUUGUAGAUAUUAUAAGUAGGAAGAAGUCAAACCAAGACUUGAUAUAUUGACUGAAUUUUAUGUGACCAAUUACAAAGAUUCACAUCCCUAUCUUUUGAUUGUCGAUCAACAUCAACUGAUGAUUAAGCGCAAUAAGCGAAUCGAUAAACUCUAUUAUUAGAGAGUCUAAUAAAGUGAGCAUUCAAACAAAUCAAAUAACCCUAUCGUUAUUAACAACGUACUCAAUUCAAAACUAUCCUCAAAAUCAUAAAUCAGUUAUGAAACCGAAGAGCAUGACAUUUACUCAUCGCAAGAUAAACCUACCAAACUCAGCCGUCUAGACUUCAAAGGCCUAAAUAUCAUCAAUCUCCAAGAAGAAACCUAAUAAUUAAAUGAAUUGCUCGACAAGCAAUACCUCACUAUAAAUUAGAUGAGCAACUAACUCAAAAAAUUACCAUCGCACUUCUAUCUGAGAUCCCCUCCCUAAAGUUAACAAAUCAUUUCCACCAAUAUCAUAAAGGAUUUACAUGCCAUGAAAAAUGUUAAACGCAGAACUAAUCAUGUCGACUUGCGUGAAAAGAAAAGUACUUCAUUUAUCUUAUACAAUUUAGCCAUUCUCGCCAAUUCCAAGAGCGAAUCCAAACACUCCUAAUCCAGUUUUAAAAUGUCCAAAAUCAAGGAUUCAGUUGAUCAACAAGUAGAUUAUUUUCAAGAAUAUGUGUCUGCUCAAAUUGAACCAAUUGAUUUGGAUGACAAGAAUAAAGUCUAGAAACACGACAACAAUCAAGUCAUCCAGAAGAUGCUUAGAGAAUACUAAGGAAAUACUAAUCGAUAAUUGAGAUCCACCAUUUCUUAAGAUCUAAUUGUCGCUAGCACAUCUACUGUAAUCUAAGGAUUCUAGGGUUCUUAAAAGAGUAUUAAACAAGAUCAAAACAAUAACAACAAUGGCAGCAUAUAGAACAUAUCUUAACGCCAGGAGUAAUUGAAGAAAGUAUAUUAACCAAUCAAUAUUCAAUAAAAAAAGAUAAACUAAAAUUAAUUGGAUAAAAUUACCAAAGGAGGCUCACUUACUGAUAGGAAUACUAAGUAAUUGCCUAUAGCUGAAGAUUUGUUCCAUAAGUUGCAUGACUUGAAAAUUAGAAGCUCAUAAAAUGCUGAUUAACAAAAGAAACCAGAAUUCAACUACAUGUUACCCUCGCAAUACAAUACACUUACAACUUUCAAGAUGAAUGGUAAUUCAAAAGCCAAAUCUUAAUAUUCUAAGAAGGUUGCUGCAGUAGAUUUAGGCACCAAGUCUUAGCAUCAACAAGCCAAUCACAGUUAAUCCAAGGUUUUGAACAUUAACUCUUAAAAAACAGAUGACAUAGUCAAAAAAUACAUUUAGAUGGCUACUUAGUCAAUAUAAAACCAUAAGAAAUUUGAUUUCAAAUUAAAUCUCUAAAACUUAAAUAACAAUGAACCCCAUGUAGAAGAUGAUUUUUGUAAUUAUUGCAAAUUAUUUAGAAAAUAAACGUCUAAACUUUCUUACAGAAAGACACAGCUAACAACAGGAAAGAGAUUAAUUUAUUACUCAUAGAAAAAUUGUGAUUAAAUAAUGA